GUGAACUGAAUCCUCAAAUCUGCCGAGGACCGAGAAAGGGUCACUUUGAGGUUUGAGUUUGAGCAAACCUCCCUGUAUCCCGCCUCAUUGGUAUAUCGGAAAUAAAUCGGAGUCUUGCCGCCGAAAAAUUUCAAAGGAGCUUUAGGUUUUCUUGUGGUGAUUUAGAAUGUUAAAGACUUUGGUUUUGUCCUGCAAAGCAUUGAAGUUCCCGUCCGCAAAAAUACAGGGGUCUAGGCAGUUGAAGUGCAAGGCAACAAGGAUGGAGCUAACUCUGGUUCAACCUGAUGAUUGGCAUCUUCAUCUGCGCGAAGGCGAACUUCUUCAAGCUGUUGUAUAUCACAGUGCAAACCACUUUGGGAGGGCAAUCGUGAUGCCAAAUUUGAAACCUCCAGUUACAACCACUGCUGCUGCUGUUGCUUACGGAGAAUCCAUUUUGAAAGCAGUGCCUGCGGGCAGCAGCUUCAAUCCACUAAUGACACUGUAUUUAACAGAUACGACUAGUCCUGACGAGAUCAAGCUUGCAAGAAGAAGUGGAGUUAUUUUUGCUGUUAAGUUGUACCCUGCUGGUGCCACCACUAAUUCUCAAGAUGGUGUCACAGACCUAUUUGGAAAAUGUCUGCCUGUCCUUGAGGAAAUGGUUGAGCAGAACAUGCCUUUGCUGGUUCAUGGAGAGGUUACAGAUCCUAAUGUUGAUGUCUUUGAUCAUGAGAAAGUCUUCAUCGACACUGUUUUGCGACCUUUAACCCAAAAGCUUCCAAAGCUAAAAGUUGUGAUGGAGCAUAUUACUACUAUGGAUGCUGUUAGGUUUGUGGAGUCUUGUGAAGAAGGAUUUGUAGCCGCAACUGUUACUCCACAGCAUCUUCUUCUCAAUAGAAAUGCUCUUUUCCAAGGAGGACUGCAACCACACAACUACUGCCUUCCAGUUCUUAAAAGAGAAAUCCACAGACAGGCUAUUGUUUCAGCCGUGACCAGUGGAAGUAAAAGAUUUUUCCUUGGAACUGAUAGUGCUCCCCAUGAGAAACGAAGAAAAGAAUGCCCUUGUGGUUGUGCUGGCAUUUAUAAUGCCCCAGUUGCCUUAUCUCUGUAUGCAAAGGUCUUUGAAGAGGCAGGUGCACUUGACAAACUAGAGGCAUUUACAAGCCUCAACGGUCCAGACUUCUAUGGUCUUCCAAGGAACUCUUCAAAGAUUAAAUUGGUUAAGACUUCGUGGAAGGUUCCAGACUCUUAUUCAUUUUCAUUUGGUAAUAUCAUUCCUAUGUUUGCAGGUGAAACACUCGAGUGGCAAGCAUCCUCCUUGUGAGUCACUUUUUACUAAUUGACUAUGUUUUCUUGGUCAUUGAUGUGCGCUGCACAUGCUAUAUGGUAUUUUUUAUCACUGGAAGUAUGAGACCUGUGUUGAUUUUAACAACAAUUGAAGCAGCAAGAUUUUUGUUACUUGUUUAAACUUUAUACCAGAUAAUGAUAUGCAGC